AUGACCGCCAGCGCGGAGCCGCGGGAGCGGCGGCCCGGGAUCGGAGUAGGAGUAGUGGUGACCAGCUCCAGGCAUCCUCGUUGUGUCCUCCUCGGGAAGAGGAAAGGGUCAUUUGGAGCCGGCAGUUUCCAACUUCCUGGGGGCCACUUGGAGUUCGGUGAGAGCUGGGAAGAAUGUGCUCAAAGGGAAACCUUGGAAGAAGCUGCUCUUCACCUGAAAAAUGUUCGCUUUGCCUCGGUUGUGAAUUCUUUUAUUGAGAAAGAGAAUUACCAUUAUGUUACUAUAUUAAUGAAAGGAGAGGUGGACGUGACUCAUGAUUCAGAACCAAAGAAUGUAGAGCCUGAAAAAAACGAAAGUUGGGAGUGGGUUCCCUGGGAAGAAUUUCCUCCAGUAGACCAACUUUUUUGGGCACUACGUUGUUUAAAGGAACAAGGGUAUGAUCCAUUUGAAGAAGAUUUGAACCAUCUGGUGGGAUACAAAGGAAAUCAUCUCCAGGUGACCAAGAAGAUUCCUUGAUUUUUUAGAAAAAGACAAGAAUAAAGUCUGCCUAGGAAGUAAAAAAUAUCUCCAUUUCAGAUCAACUCCAUUUUAUCUAAAAAGUUUCAUAUGAUUGCCAAUUAUUUGUAGUCUCUUAAUAUACCCACCACCAUUUCAGCCAGUACUUGAGCAUAUUUUUCUUGAAUAUGUGUCAUUGAAUUGUAUUUUAGACACAGAGUGCAUGAUAAAUAGUGAUUUUGUGGUUAAUCUGCUUUCUGUAUUUAUCUAUGAUAUUUACUGUGCAGUUUGUCAUUACCAGUUUGCAUGGAGUAGGGUGCGACAGAAUUUACCUUAGUGUUUCAAUUCAAAUAGAGAUCCUAAUUCAGAUAUUGUAAUUCAAAUUCAAAUACAGUAUGACUUGCAGAAUUUAUCAUGUU